AUGCUGCCAUGUUUAAACUUCAAUAUUUAUGCCUCUAUGCUACGGUACCGGGUCUGCAAAAUAAAACCAAUCCAAUUCAAAUUUCUGCAUAGUUUAAAAAAAAGAGAAUUCAGACAAAGCAUUGGAAGGUUGGUUGGGGAUGCUGUUAAUACCGGGUGUGAUGUGGCAAUUGGCAAGGGUGAAAGUAAUAUAAUCUCAAAUAUUCUGUCCAUUGAUUUUGAUCCAGGGGAUGACUCCCUUACAUCACCUCAUAAUAUAGCAAAGCUGUUGACUGACAAUAUUGAUAGCCAGCCCGCCAGCAACAGCCCAAGAGCCACACACUCAAUCAGAAUCUGGCAAAAAGAGACUUUUAUAUGGAAAAGUUGGGCAUUGCAAAUGGCUUUCCUUCUAAGUAACUUUGAGGAAGCUGAAAAUAUAAGCAGUGCUCAUUCACCUGCUUCUUCAAAUAAGCUUUCUGCUAUUUCAAGAGCACAAGUUUCAGCUCCGCCAGGUUUUUCAAUUCCAAGCAGGAUGCCGCCUCCUGGUUUUUCUUCCCAUGAGAGAUCAGAGCAGACUUUUGACUCCCUAUCUGGGAAUUCCUUACUUGAUCAUUCUUCUUUUUUUGAGAAAUUCACCUAUUCGGCAGUUGCUGACAAGGGUAAGUUUAAAACUGAGCUGCACACUAAUACAAACGUUAGCAAUCAACACAAGACUAAGCUUGGUGGUGAAGAACUUGAUGAAUAUAAAGACUGGACAUCUAAAAUAGGCCUUAACCUGUGGUUCUGUGUCAACAAUAUAAACAAAUCUCCAUGUGAACAAGUUCCUUUGAAACUAGCAUUAGGGAUGCAACUCUAUCAUAAACAUCCUGGUUUAUCUAUAAAUGGGCAUUCACGGAAAACUCGGUCUAAAAGGUCAAAUCAUUUAGCUCAGUCUCAACCUGAUAACAUUCAGAUAAAAAAAGAUGAAUCCUCGAGUAAUUCUGAAUAUGCACAGAAUAACAAUGCAAACUCGAGUUAA